ACACAGCAAAAGCACCCUUCUCGUCAGUUCUCUCACAUUAAAAAACAAAAAACAAAAAGUUAAAAAAAACCACAGCACCCGAUAAAAGAACAAGAAAAAAAGCACAUUUUACACAUCCCACCCUUUGUUAGUAAAAAAGAAAAAAAGAAAAGAAGAAAACUUUCACCAAAAAUGGCUUUUUCUUCUUCUCUCUCUGUGUUGCUCACCACCACCUUUCUCCUAAUAACACUCUCCCACGCCUACGACAUUCUCACCCUUGUCAAUAACUGCCCAUUCACCGUCUGGCCGGCGAUCCAGCCCAACGCCGGUCAUCCCGUCCUCGAGCGAGGCGGUUUCGCUCUCAACUCCCUAACCCACCACUCCUUCCCGGCCCCGACCCAACACUGGUCGGGCCGAAUCUGGGCACGUACUGGCUGCACUUACGCCAACAACCGCUUCACCUGCGCCACCGGAGACUGCGGCGGUAGAAUCGAAUGCAACGGCGCCGGCGGCAAACCCCCGGCGACUCUAGCACAGUUCAGUCUCCACCACGGCCACAAUGCCGCACUUUCGUCUUACGGAGUGAGCCUCGUCGACGGUUAUAACGUGGGAAUGACCAUUACGCCCCACGAGGGAAGAGGGGUUUGCCCUGUUGUGGGUUGCCGUGCUGAUCUGCUCGCCUCGUGUCCUGAACCGUUGAAGCUAAAGUCACAUGCGGGUCAUGUUGUAGGAUGUAAAAGUGCCUGUGAGGCUUUCAAUACAGACGAGUUUUGUUGUAGGAACCAUUACAAUAGUCCCCAGACGUGUAGGGCUUCGCACUAUUCUCAGUUCUUUAAGCAUUCUUGCCCAGCCACGUUUACUUACGCUCAUGAUAGCCCUUCUCUCAUGCACGAUUGCUCUUCGCCACGUGAGCUUAAGGUCAUUUUCUGUCAUUAGCUAAGUAGAGGUAGAGGAUAAUGUGCUUGGUUGGUUGUCCCAACUUCAAACCCCUUUUUAUUUUAAAAUAAAAUUUGGAAAUAUUUUAAAGUAACAAAAAAAAUGGAAAUAUGGGGUUGCAGUUUGUAGUUUUAUUAUGAUGGUUUGGUAAUAUCUUGGGUUUCUUUUUUAGGAUGUGUAGGGAAAAUGGGAAAUUUGAAAUGAAACUUGUCUAAUGUUCUGUUGUGCAUGGAUAAAUGUAAUUGCUUAUUCCCUUUUCUUUGUUUUAAUGUUUAUUUUGUAGUUAAAUGCA